AUGCCGCGAAACGCACAUAGCCGAAAUGAUAUCCUAUAUGUUAUGCAACCAAUGCGCACUCUCAUGCUCGCAGUGGGUGUCUGGCCGUGUAGGGGCGGAAAAAUAUCCGUAUUUCGAAAAAUUUACAACCUUCUUCUAAACUUUAGCUCUAAUUUUCUUUACGCCUGUGAAUUUAUACCCGGUGGUAUUUAUUGGCUAUUGGAAGAGUCGGUGCGUAUGCGACUUCAAAUGGGCCCUCUUCUCCUUUAUGUCUUCAUGUCUGCCAUUCAAUAUGAUAUUCUUCUGUCUCGCAAUGGAAACAUCAGACAAUGCUGGAAGCAUGUUGAGGAAGAUUGGGAAAAUAUCUUCAGUCUGGAUGCGCGUAUUAUUAUGUUCAAGUGCGCGAAGUCUGCAAGGUUCCUGAUUUUGAUCUGUGGAGCUCUUAUGUACACUGGUGCAUUUAUGUAUCGAAUAAUCUUGCCACUGUCUUUGGGAGAAAUUGUAACCGAUCAAAAUGUCACGAUAAGACCCUUGGCCUGUCCUGUUAAUUUUUUAUUUAUCGAUGCACAAGUUAGUCCCUUUUACGAAAUACUGUUUGUAUCUCAAUCAAUAACGGGAUUCCUUAUAGUUUCGGUUGCCACGAGUGCAUACGGUCUUCUAGCAUAUUUCGUGGAGCAUGCCAGCGGUCAGAUGAAGAUUCUGAUCUGCCUGAUGAAAGGCCUUGUCCAAGAGCAAUGGAAAAAAGAGAACGAAAUAAAUAAGAAGUUAGCUGAAGUAGUGGAACAUCAAAUACGAGUACGCAAUUUUCUUCAAAUGGUGGAAUACACCAUGCAAGAAAUAUGUUUGGUAGAAAUAAUGGUGAAUACUUUAUCUAUUUGUCUCCUGUUGUACUUUGUAAUAUUGGAUUGGAACACUAGUAAUUUUGGAGUUAUAGGUUCUUAUGCAUUAAACAUUGUGAACGUGACAAUUCAUAUAUUUCUAUUUUGUUACGUCGGUGAACAACUGAACGACCAGGCGGAAAAAGUAGCAAUUGAAUCCCGCGAGCUCGAAUGGUAUCAUCUUCCGGAGAAAAAAAUGCGUAGUGUCGUUCUGCUGAUGGUCAUGUCUAACCGUCCACUUAAAAUCUCUGCUGGCAAGAUCAUGGAGCUAUCAUUGAAGACAUUUGGUGAUAUUAUUAAAACAUCUGGGGCUUACUUUAACAUGUUGCGAAAUGUAACUGAGUGA